AUGGAGCACUCGAAAGAGGACGGAACGCUACCACCAAUCGCCCCGCAACUUCUCGUGGACAUGCAUAUCUCACGAGCCGAAGAAGCAUUCAUGGAGAUUGACGAGCAGGUUACUGAAGAGUGGAGGUUGGAAAAUGAAAUUCCGAAUACUGAUGUGAUAGAAGAGACGCGCGAAGGGCUCGCGCAGAAGAGGAAUAGAGCACCGUCGACAGUAGUUAAACAGCCUCGCAGGAAGGCGGCAAGGAGAUCCAGUGCACGGGGUCCUCCUCUUCACUUUUUCGGGUUGAGGUCGAUAAUUUCCCGGCUGGUUGCCCCCUGUCCGUGGUAUCACGACACUUCUGAAACUUCGCAUCGCCCGCAUCGCCGAAUACUCUGCAUUAAUCGACUGGCUGGUCCACACAUCGUGCAUCCGGUCCUUGAGGAACUUGCGCUUGCCCCCUUUGGAGCCUCUCUGGACCAUCUAGAGUUGGACAUGCGAUGCCACAAUGCGUUUGACCCUCAACAGCUGUGCCUCGCUCACAGCACCGAAUUGCAUACUCUGUGUCUCUGCUCUCAGAGUUAUUCACUCUCUGAGGGAAACCUUGAGCAGACCUUGCCCGCCAUCCUUUCUCAGAUAUCUCCGAAAAGCAGGCUCCGCCGUCUGGAGCUCACCGUGAAAGUCACAGACAUCGACUGGAAACGCGUCGACGAGAUCCUUGCACAAGACCAUUUCAUCCAACUGGAGAUGGUGACUCUCCGAUAUUGGUGGUCUGCCGUCACCCGCGAAGACAUCGAUUGGUGGGAGCGGGAACUCUCUGAACGUAUGUCGCGUUCGCUCAGUCGCCUACACCUGCGCGGUGCGGUGGUAGAAAUGUUGCCGAUCCACGGCGAAGUGAAUAUGCUAGUCAACAGAGAUAUUGAUUGA